UUUUAAAGACUACUGUCUGUGUGACAGCAUGUCAGACAGGGUGGAGCCUGACUAUAAAAACUCUGCGGCACUUUCCCCCAACUUCUGAACAUUCCAGCCGUCUCUCUCCUCUGCAGGCUUCUUCCUCCCACUACAACACGUCUUAACAGGUAGCAGUCAUGCCGUCAGAACUGGAGACAGCCAUGCAGUCACUGAUCACGGUGUUCCACCGUUAUGCCUCUAAAGAAGGUAGCUCCGAUACACUCAGUCGGAAAGAAUUCCAAGAAUUACUGCGGAACGAACUCUCAGGCUUCCUACAGGCUCAGAAGGAUCCUGCUGCAGUAGACAAGAUUAUGAAAGACCUGGACACCAACAGUGACAACCAAGUGGACUUUGAGGAGUUUGUUGCUUUAGUUGCUGGACUUUCCGUUGCGUGCCAGCAGUGCUAUCAAAUGUGUGUGAAAAAAACUGGGAAGAAAUGUUAGAACCAGAGGAGAUGAAAAGAUGAAAACAUUUAAAUUUUGCAAAGAUCACAUUGUCUAUUAAAAACACUGUGGAAUUCCAAAGU